CACGCGGAUGCUUGCAAAGUAGCCUAUACAGUACGGCCACUUCCUACAUGGUGACAUAUGAUUAUAAUAUGACAACCUAACAUUAGCCUACAUGGAACUUUAAUUGUGAAGAGGACAUAACAUCCGUAAUUUGAGUGGUUCAGACCACACCCAGCCACAGUCUCUUUUGUGGGUCAAAGGUCUUCUCAAUGCCAUUGGAACAUAUUCUACGAGUGUGAUGGCAUCUACUGGAACCCCCAAAAAGUGCAUCUCCCCCUUGUGACAGGCAAUAAAUCACAUGCAGUCAGACCGAUGGGGCACUCUCUUGGGCAGUAGGACAACACAGGACAAAGGCAAACACAGGACAGUGGCCGCUACAGAUCUGCCAGCUUGCCAUUUUCCACACUCAUUUUGAACCCCUCUUGUCACUCAGCUGCAGUGCACCGAUGAGCUAACUCAGUGCCCUGAGCAAUCUUCAGGGUUGUUCUGAGCAUAUGGUUUGAUUUAAAACACAUAUCAAUUAUUAUUACCUCUGCCAAGGAGGUAAUGUUUUCAUCUGAGUUUGUUUUGUCUGUUUGUUAGCAAAAUACAUAUAAUAUGUUUUCGCUUGGCGGAGGUCUGCGCUCUUGGAGUGCUUUUGUAAUUUUGGUCAUAGUUUUACCUAUAAUAUUCUACAUGUAUCAAUGGAAAGAUACGUCAGCACAUCAGAUACUUGAAGUGGUCCACUCUACUAAGGAGAAAAGUGCAAAUGAAACUGUCACCACCCUCCUCAUAUGGUUUUGGCCUUUUAAGACAAAAUUUGACCUGAACUCUUGUGCAUCAAAAUAUCAAAUCAAUGGCUGUCAUCUCACUGAUGACAGGAAUCUGUAUUCCAUCGCUGACGGAGUGCUCAUCCAUCACAGAGACAUUGAUGAUAAUAUGUCAAAUCUUCCCAAUCUGCCACGUCCUUCCUUCCAAAAAUGGAUAUGGAUGCUCUUUGAGUCUCCCCAGAAUUCAAAAAGAAUUGCAGGGCUGGACAAUUUGUUCAAUGUCACCAUGAGCUACCGGAGGGACGCUGACAUUACUGUGCGUGAGCAGCUGCAGCGUAAAACUAAAGACACUGAGGAGCCCACUCCUGUCAAAAGCAAAAAAACAAACACUGUUUGCUGGAUUGUAAGCAACUGGAAUAAGAAUCACGCUCGAGUGAAAUAUUACAACAAACUUAAGGAGCACAUUGAAGUUGAGACGUUUGGGAGUGGUGUUAACCGUGUGCUUAGUAAUGCGGAGUACACCCAGACAAUAGAAAGCUGCAAGUUCUAUCUCUCUUUUGAGAAUACACUUGAGAGUUCUGACCACACAGCAAUUGACUACAUGACUGAGAAACUGUACAGUCCACUCCGCUGGGGGACAGUGCCCGUUGUUUUAGGGCCACCUAGAGAAUCCUAUGAGAGGUUCAUACCACGAGAUGCCUUCAUUCAUGUUGAUGACUUCAAUAGCCCCAAAGAGCUGGCAGACUAUCUGCGCGGGGUAAACGAGACCGAAUAUCACCAAUUCUUCAACUGGCGAAAACAGUUCAGAGUGACUGGUGUCAACUUUGCACAGGAGCAUGCAUGUCGGGCAUGCCAGUAUAUCCGGGAGAGAAAAAGCUACCAAGUUUUCACAAAUCUCAACAAAUGGUACUGGGGAUAAGGACUACUGUGAUGAAAACCUACUCCUACUGAUAUACACUGGGUCAUCACUUUUAAGUGUUAGUCAUCAUAACACUGUGGGGUUAUUGCAUAAUGCUCUGGUAAUUUUAUGAAAAUACUAAAUACUACUUUGCAUUUGUAAAUACUAUUUGCAUCAUUUUCAGGCUACAAUGUUUUAUGGUGGAGGUGAAGGAUUACUGUAACAGCAUGCAUAAACUCCAAAGAGUUAC